GCCGCGCCCCUGCUCCCCCGCCGCCCCUUCCACGCCGGUCGCCCCUCUCCCCGAUCCUUCCCGCCGGCCGCCCCUCUCCCCGAGCCAUCUCCUCCGUCCGCCCCUCUCCCCGCCUCCCUACGAGCUGCCCCGACCGCCACACAGGGACCUCGUCCAGGACGACCGUCCGGCCGACUACCUCGACCACGACGGCCGGCUGCCACAAGCUCGACCACCAGUAAAGGAGGAGGUCCACCACGACGACCUGCAGCGGCCGGGUCUGGACCAAGACGAACCAAGAUGGAAAAGGCAAUUUGGAAUGAACAUUACACUACCGUUUUCUGUGAGAUAUGCAAAGAUGAGGUUGAUGCUAACAAUAGGCCAUUGGGAUGUUUGAACCGGAGAGGUUAUAAAAACCUGGGUGAGAAGUUCUUUGCACAAACGGGGAAAAAAUUAACCAAGAAGCAAUUUAAAAACAAGUGGGACUUGUUGAAGAAAGAGUAUACUCAAUUUAUGGAGUUGAAGAAUGCGGCAACCGGGCUAGGUUGGGAUUAUGUGAGGGGAACCAUUGAGGCUGAUGAAGCUUGGUGGAAGGUCCAUUUGGAGAAAUACCCGAAGCAUGCAAAGUACAAGAAGAAAGGAUUGGCCAACUUGGAUGAGUUGGAUGCCAUGUUUGACAAAGCACAUGUUACCGGAGCCACAUCAUGUAUUCCUGGAGAGAUAUCUGACAGCACCGAUGACGAAGGUUUAGUUGAGGUUCUAGAGUCCGAGGAUGGGGAUGAUGCAAAGGCAAAGGAUGUCUCACCUAAGGCAGAUAAGGAUGGCAAGUUAAAGGAUGAGAAGGAAGAUGGGAAGAAGAAAAGUGUGAAGCGCAAGGCUAGGUACAUAGAUGAGUCAGCUAAGGAGGACAAGAACCCAUUUCUUCGUGAGUACAAGGUCACACUUGGGAAUAUUAAUGAAGCAGUAGCAGCAACUCAUGCUCCAACAAGUGCUGCUCCUACCAUGAAGGAAGUCCUGACUUUGAUGAAGGAGUGUGGGGCUCAAGAGGGCACUCCUUUGUAUUUCACAGCCACAGACCUUGUCAUGCAGCCUAGCUACAGAGAAUUAUUUGUGCUAAUUGAAACAAAAGAAGGGAGGCUUGAUUGGCUGCAGAGGAAACAUUCUCAAAUGAACAAGUAGUGCUAUGUGUAUCCUUUAUGUAUUACCAAGUAGCUGGUAUUGAACUAUCCAUGUUGUAAUGAACAAAUAUUCGUGACUUUGCUGCCA